GAAGCACCCAAUAUUCAUUCAUUCACUUUAUCUCCUGCCAUCAACAAUCGUAUCAAAUUUUUAUUCAACCAACUCCCUGCCAUUGUGAGCCAUACAGCCACCCUCCCACACACUCUCAACAGCAGAUACAAAGGGAAUCAACUCGUCUUGUUUAUGUCUUCGACUUUAUUGUCUUGAGGAUACAGGACGAUCAUGGGCAUCCUGGACACCGUUUAUUAAAAUAUCUCUUUGUCUUUUUUCGAUUCUCUCCUAACGCCUUUGCAAAGUCCAUCUUUCAAAUACAUAUUCUACCUCAGCUCGGGACUCUUGGAGACACUCAAAGUCCUGGAUCCCUGUUUCCCCAACACCAGACCUAGAUUUUGUCUUCCAUUCCCAAAUUUUUGAUUAUCCAUUCGCAGAUAUGGAUCUCGCCCAGAUGUUGGUGCGCUCUUGUAUGCGCUCGUUCUACGACACAAAACAUAUCCUUGUGAUCGAUGCGCUCGUCAUUCACUCCGCGUUGCGCGAUGAUGAUUUAGCAUAUCUGAUGAGCAUAAACACAAAGGAGCUUCAUAAACUCUGUGGAAAAUUGAAGGAGGAUCGAUUUCUUGCAGUGCAUUCCCGCCCAGAGAUCAAAGAAGGCCAACAACGACCAAUUAAUCGAACCUACUAUUUUAUCGAUUAUCGUGCAACAAUCGAUGCGAUCAAAUGGAGAGUCUUCCAGAUAGACAAGGCCGUUCAAGGAAACACUGUGCCAGAUGACGAGAGAAAGGAAUAUUUUUGCCCUCGAUGCAAAUCGGAAUGGACCAUGUUCGAGGUCUUGGACAAGAGAAAUUAUGAAGGCUUCUUAUGUCAUAAAUGCGACUACCUUCUGGUACACGAUCCUGACAACAACCGCGGGGGACACGAACAGUCAUCGAAACUCAAUGCACAGUUCAAAUUCAUCACCGACUUACUCCCAAAAAUCGAUCAGGUGGUCAUCCCUGCGAAUACCUUCGAACAAGCUCUCUCAACAGCUCGUAAGGUGGUUCGAGAUGAAGCUAAUCCCGGCAGUGAAACUGCGCCCGUCGCUCUUUCCUCCGAGCGACCAACUGCUGUUCGUGGUUUGGAUAAUACUGGACCAACGUCUAUCUCAGUUACGUUGACGAAUGGAGAAGGACCUACAGCUGCAGAUAUCGCUGCUGAACAAGCUCGCAAAGAGAAGACGGCUGCUCAGAACGCGUUACCUCAGCAUUUCACUCACAGUACUAUCACUGGAGAGCAAGUCAAGUUUGCCAAUCAACCUACGGCCUCUGUUGGCCCUGCAGUUGACACCAAUAAGAAGGAUAUCAAACCUGACACCGAAGGUAGUGGUGAAGGGACUGAAAUUGAUGAUUAUUUUGCGCAACUCAAGGCUGCACAAGCUAAAGAACUUGAACAAGAAGCAGACGAAGAAUACGAAACAGACGACGAAGAAGAAGAAGGUUUCGAAGACGUCAUUCCAAAUGGCACCACAUCUGGUGCCGCCACCCCAGCUAGCUCGGUUGGAGGUACAGAAACUAAGCCCAGUGUAACGAGUGGUAGUGGUAUUAGCGGUGUUCUAAAGCAUUCACGAAAUGAAAGUGUUUCAGCAAGUGGAACGAGCACAGGUGGAGGAAGUCCGGUAACAGGACCUAAUACACCAAAUGAGGAUAGACCAUUGAAGAGAGUUAGAAUUGAAGAGCCAGUUCCAGCAGCACCGGUUAUAAAAGAUGAAGAGGAAAGCGAAGAGGAUAUGGAGUUUGAAGACGUUUGAUCACGUAGAUUCUGGGAAAACGGGGUAUGGAAGGGAAUGGGAAGGGGAAUGGAUUCUUACAUUACAUUACAAUGCCUACAUACACGAUUGGAUCAACGGACCAAGAAUAGACAGGCAUGAAACAGGGGUGGGUAUUUGAGCCGUUUUAAAUCUCCAAUCUGGGGUGGUAGAUUGGAUGGAUGCAUGGCGUUGAGGGUGCUUACACGCGUCUAGUUUUUUCAAAAAAAAAAUGAUGCAUGUUGAGGGUGGGCGGAGAUCAAUUUUCAUCUACUAUGGCAUAUAUUCAGACCAAACCAGAUCAGCCAUAAUACUUACAAGGUUUGGUCAAGAGUCGUCUGGCUUUUUAGGCUUAUAGAUAAGCUCGUUCGUUCGCGUGUGCCUAGGACUUUAAAGCUGUCAGACAUGAACGAAUUGUAAAUUGUAUGACUAAGCAAGCGACA